AUAGGUAUUGGAAUAAUAUCAAUACCCUAUGCACUUUCACAAGGAGGAUGGUUAUGUUUGAUGCUAUUUUUUUUGGUAGCAAUUAUAUGUUGUUACACAGGAUUACUUUUGCAAAAAUGCAUGAGUGUUUCACCAUCAAUUAAGACAUAUCCUGAUAUUGGUGAAUUUGCUUUUGGUAACAAAGGAAGAAUCUUGAUUUCAAUUUUUUUAUAUCUUGAACUAUACUUAGUUGCAAUUGAAUUCCUCAUAUUAGAAGGUGACAACUUGCAAAAAUUAUUCCCAAAUGCAAAAAUUCAUGUUGGUUGGGUUAAAAUUGUUGGAAGGGAAGUUUUUGUUUUAUUAGUUGCUGUUGUAAUAUUGCCAACAACAUGGUUGAAAAGUUUAAGUUUAUUGGCUUAUGUUUCUAUAGGUGGAGUUUUGGCUUCAAUUGUUUUGGUUUUUUCAAUAUUUUGGGUUGGUGCAAUUGAUGGUGUUGGAUUUAAAGAAAAAGGUGCGAUUUGGAGAUGGGAUGGAUUGAUAAAUAUUGAUAUUAGUAGAGAAAUAUUUGGAAGUUCAAUGCAAUUAUUUAAACAUAUUUUACUUGAUCAUCGUGUAGAUAACUUUAAUUUUUUUUUCUUUUAUGUCAAACAGGUUUUAUUUGUGUGCUUUUUAUUAAGCACCAUUACCUAUGGAUCAAUGGCAACUAUGGGGUACUUAAUGUAUGGACAAAAUUUAAUGUCACAAAUAACAUUAAAUCUCCCUACGGGGAAAAUUAGUUCGAAAAUCGCAAUACAUACGACAAUCUUUAAUCCAAUAACAAAGUAUGCUCUUGUCGUCUCUCCAAUUGCAACGGCUAUUGAAGAUAAAUUACCUUUACGAAAGAGUAAACAUAUCGUGAGCUACUUCAUCAGGACAUUUUUAGUCAUCAGCACGGUUAUUGUAGCAUUAACCGUUCCAUUUUUUGAAUAUGUCAUGACAUUUACGGGCGCACUUUUGGGCGUUACCGUGUCGAUAUUGUUACCAUGCCUAUGCUACCUCAAGAUCAGGAAGCCUUCAUAUUUGGAAGUUGUGUUUAUUGGGAUGAUUUUGGUUUUUGGUUCUUUAGUUGCUAUAUCUGGAACUUACACUUCUUUGAAAAACAUUAUUAGUCAUGUGUAGGGUGACGAAAUAACAUUUGAACAUAAUUUGGAUGGA